AUGGGAUCGCGAAAGCGCAGCCGCUCCGAUGCGGUCGCUGCCACCGAGCAGCAGACCCCAGAAGAACCUGGUCUGCUCCAGCGCAUCAGGAGCAGCUGGGAGUUUGCCAGUCUUAUGCAAUACAUUGCCAUCUUUGGGAAAGUCAUGAAGAUUGACGAAGAGUUCGAAAUCGAGGAUCUUGAAGAUGAGUGUAUGAAGCCUGAACCCUCGCACAGGUUGUUGGAGAUUGGACUUUGUCUUUUGAAAUGGAUUUCCUCUCACCGCGGUUUGACGUUUGAGACCUUUGACGAAUACACAAAAAGACAAUACAAUGCGAAAGCCCCUCACAUAACGAACCCCUUCGGAUAUGAUGAAGAGCCUUUGAGGUUUUUGGAUUUCGAUGUCUUUCAGAAACUGCGUGUCCUGCACCAGUUGUCCGUAUGGACUUUCUGGAACGCCGACCGCAUUCGCGAGAAGAUGCCCGAGAAGAAGGAAACGGAGCAGCUGCAGUGGCGUAUCGAAGAUUUUGGAUAUGACCACGAAGGUCGCAUUUACUACGUUCUAGAUGACAACCGCCUAUACCGCCGCACCGAUCCUCCAAUCCCCGCACCCUCUCGUCCCAAGAAGAAGCCAAAGAGCAGAUCCUCCCGGGCAUCGCGUACAUCGAAACGAGCAUCCAACGUCGUCGCGGAAGAACCCGAAGACGAUGAGAUCAUGGGCGAAGACGGAGCCGUGUCGUCUGAACCUAAGUGGGAGUGCGUGUGUGUCACCCUCACCGAAUACCAAGAAUUCUUGGACAGCAUUCGAAAGAGCAAGAACGCUGAUGAUAAGAUCCUCCGCAAACAAAUUGAGGAUCAUGUGUUACCGUUGCUGGAGAAGGCGGAAGAGGCGCAACAGCGCAAGCGACAGAAGCGUGAGAAGGAGCUCCUCAACAUGCAGCUAAUUGCCGGCGCUAAGCGGUCGAGCCGACUUGCGGCUAAGGAUGAAAAGGAGCGAGCUGACAGAGAGGCUGCUGACGCGGUUCGCAAGAAGGAGGCUGAUCUGGCCGAGGCUCGUAAGGAGCAGGCGAAGCAGCACCAGCUCGAGGAAGAUCGACAGUCUCGCAUGAUGACUCGUGAACAGCGUAUCAAGGAUCGCGAGCAGAAGCGCAUUCUGCACGAAGCGGAGCUUGAACGCCUUGCUGCGGAGCAGGAACGGAUCGAACGAGGGGAGAGUCGAGUCUCCGCUCGAAACCUCAAGGCUGAGCUGGAGAAGUCGCAGAAGAACUUGGCAGAGCUCUCCCAAGAUGAUGAGUGGAUCUUUGAUUGCUCCGGCUGUGGUGUAUAUGGUCAAAACUUGGAUGAUGGAAGCCACAGUGUUGCUUGCGAAAAAUGUAAUGUAUGGCAGCACAGCCAUUGUCUAGGCAUCUCCAAGGCGGAUGCGGAAAAGGACGAUUUUCACCUUAUUUGCAAGGACUGCAAGAGAAAGGAGGAAGAUGCCAACAAGCCGAAGCUCCCGCCGUUGAAGUUCCGUCUCAGCGCAUCGGCGUCGCCAUCUUCUGCUCCACCUUCAGGAAAGAAGCGCAAGGUUGAGGACGAUGAGAUUGCUCCGCCGUCCCCCGUGAAGCAAACCCACGCCGCUCUCUCUAGUGCUCAAAAUGGACAUCACACAUAUGCGCAGUCCUCUCAGCCAGCCCUUCCUUCUUUCCCUGCCCAGGGCAACUUCUACGUUCCUCCUUCUCCCGAGCGCCGUCCCCAUCCCGCAGCUCAUCUUCCAUCCUCGAGCCCUCCAAGGGUUCCCUUCUCUCCCUCGAGGGGUAUGGGUGCUCCGCCACCAAUGCAUGCCAUGGGUCAACCUGAACUUCCCAGAAUGAACAUGCAGCCCAUGCAAUCUGGCGCUCAUCUUCCUCCGAUUGGAUCUUUCGCACGCCCAUCAUCAUCCCACUCUGGGUAUGGCCCGGCUCCACCAUCUAUGCCACCCACCCAGGGUAACCGGGAAGUCAGACCUAUUGCAGGAUUCCCACAAGCGCCCACCGCCAAUGGAUCGGCUGCAAUUCCUGGUACCUCUUCAUUUGACAGCUACGCGACUCCUCGCCCUCAGUCUGGCUACGGAGGUACCCCUACCAUGUCCAACAGAUAUCCUUCCUUUUCUGCCUCUGCAACCCCAAAUGGCAACCACUCAUCACCACCCCACAGCUCCCACGGGAUGGGAAUGUCGGGAAUUAGCCCAACAAAGCAAUCUCCCCGUCCGAUGACUUCGGGCGGCAUGGCAGGUGCCCCUGUUCUCCCUCCAAUCCGCAGACUGGAGCCGAGCCCUAAGCUCAUGGGCCGCAACUCUCCAGAUGCACCAAUUCCCCCGCCAGUCAAAUGCAUGACUCCAGAGCAAGAAGAGCGCCGCCAACGAGAGAACGCCACAAUCUUUCAACAAAGCCACGCCUAUGCAGGCAACGGCCAGCUCAUGUCCUCGCCCUCAAUGAACCGUAUCCCAUCCCUCGGCCCAGCCGCAACCUCCCAAUACCCCGAGCCCGUCCCUUCCCCGCAGCACAACAAUGCUCCCCGUCAGUGA